AUGCUUGUAACUCGAUUUUCUAAGCAAGGUGAUUUGCAGUAUGAUCCAAAAAUAGAGGGAACUUUGCGCAGGUUAAGGAGGGAAGCUCAGAGUCAUUUUAAAGAGAACAAUCCAGCUCUUGAUUCCCUAUUUAUUAGCGGUUCUGAUUUGAGAGAGGAGGAAAUCAUGGCUGGAAAUCGAACUUUGAAAGAGCUUUCCACCCCUGAUUUGAAUCAACAACCCUUAUGCAUAACGUUUCCUGCUUUAGAUGCUACUGCUACUUUUGAAUUAAAAUCUGGACUGAUACAUCUCUUGCUCACUUUUCAUGGUCUUGUAGGUGAGGAUCCUCAUAAGCAUUUGAAGGAGCUUCAUGUGGUAUGCAUGAGUAUGAAACCCAUGGGGGUGACUGUAGAGCAAAUCAAAUUAAGAGCUUUUCCAUUUUCUUUGAAGGAUUCGGUUAAGGAUUGGCUCUAUUAUCUACCCUCAGAGAGUAUCACCACAUGGAACGAGAUGAAGAGCUGCCCCCAUCAUCAAGUCCGCGAGCAACUACUUAUCCAGUAUUUCUAUGAGGGUCUUCAACCCACUGAUAGGAGCAUGAUUGAUGCUACUAGUGGAGGAGCUUUAGUGGAUAAAACUCCUAAGACCGCGAGAAACUUGAUUGCAAACAUGGUGGUCAAUUCUCAACAAUUUGGAACUAAGCUCGACCCUCCAUCAAAGCAUCUUAAUGAGGUAAAUAUUUCAUCUCUUGAACAACAAAUUGCAAGUCUAACUUCCCUUGUUCGCCAAAUGGCCGUAGGUAAUAUGCAAAUGGAGAAAACUUGUGGGAGUUGUUUGGUAGUAGGGUAUCCAACCGAUAUGUGCCCAACUCUUCAAGAGGAGCCCAUUGAGCAGGUGAAUGCGGCAGGUGGUUUUCCGGGGCAACCGCUGAUCCCUAUUCAAGCACAUAUAAUCCGGGAUGGAGGGAUCAGCCCAAUCUCAACUGUGGGAAUCCACAAAACCACCCAAGUUUCUCGCAAUAUCAGCCAUACCCCCCUAGACAACAGCUGGGCCAAACUUCUAAUGCUGGAGACAAAACAAUUUCAGCAAGAGACGAGGGCCAGUAUCCAAUGUUUGGAUAAUCAGAUGGUCCAGAUGGCAACUGCAAUUACUUGGUUAGAGAUGCAGAGUUUGGGGAAAUUACCCUCUCAAACGGUUGUGAAUCCAAGAGAAAAUGUAAGUGCAAUCGUUUUGAGAAGUCGUAAAGAGGUUGAGAUUCCAGCAAAGGCAGCCCUUGCAUCGUCGAAGCAAGAAAAGGAGAAAAAUGUCAUUCCCAAUGAUGAUAGCAUACCCAGCAUACAAGGUAACACUAGAAUUGAAAAGGCCAUGUUAGAUUUAGGAGCUUUUACCAAUGUCAUGCCAUAUUCUUUAUAUGCUUCUUUGAAACUUGGACCUUUGAAUAAAACUGGUGUUGUAAUUCAAUUGGCUGAUAGAUCUAAUGCCUAUUCUAAGGGUGUAAUUGAGGAUGUUCUUGCAAAUAAUGGUGAUCAAACCACUCCUAUUUUGCUAGGAAGAUCAUUCUUAAAAACAUCCCAGACUAAGAUAGAUGUUUAUAGUGGCACACUCACCAUGAAAUUCGAUGUACAGGAAGUCUUUGAACUUGAUGGAAAUGAUGGAUUGGAAAUUUCCAUUAGUAAGCAUCCUGAGAAAGAUGCCCCUAUUCUAGAUUUGAACCCACCCAUGAUGGAUAAAAGGGGAGAACACGGGAAGUUGCAACUACAAGAGUUAGAGGAGAUUCGAAAUGAUGCCUAUGAGAGUGCAAGAAUUUACAAGGAAAAGAUGAAGGCUUUUCAUGACAAGUUGAUCUCUAGGAAGGAGAUUAAAUUGGAAUCCAAAGCUAAGCAACUUCCAAAGCGUUCAAGGUGA